AUCAGCUCAAGCAAUUGAUUUCCAACGUACUAAAAACCAUUCCAACAUCAAAGAAAAAAAAAUCAAAAAUGGGGUCUUGCAUUGGGAAAGUAUCCAAAAAAAUCAAAAAUGCGGUCUUGCAUUGAGAUAGUAUCCAAUAUGGCCAGUGAAUCAUAUCACCGGUGGCGGUGGUAAACGGAGUUGGUUGGGGUGGGGGAGUUUUCCUAUGAGUCUAUGACAUCUAUUUUGGCCUAGUAAUAAUCCCAAAAUAUCACACAAUUUUUAGGCAAAGCCGAAAUCUCAUGGGGCAAAAAGAGGAAAACUAGUGUUUUAAAUACAUUUUCCUAAUCUUAGAAAAACCGUUAUUUUCAUCAAUAGAUUCGGAGUAAGGUUCGGUAUUAGUGUUUUCUUCACAUUUUAGAAAAACAAAAGAAAGCGAAAAAACAAGUAAAAGGGAAAAAAAGACAGAAGAGAAACAGAGCUUUCAUAAUUACAACUUUUCUAUUUUAAAAUCUCUGUUUCUCUUUUCUAAAUUCAUUUGUAAACCCAUCUCUGUCUCUUCAUUAUAACAAACUCUGAUGAUUGUCAUAAAAAGAACAAGGUUCAACUCAUAGAAACUGGGGAAAAUAGGGUAAAAACACAGGGGAUUUCUAAUUCUUUCAAUUUUCUUUGUCUAAUUGAUAGAAUUACUCAUACAUUAGGUUGCAUUGUUGGAAAUCUCUAAUGGGUCACUAAAAUUUUCUAUUUUGGGUUUGAUUCUGUUAAAAAGUCUGAACUUUUUCAUGAAAAUUUGGUGGUAACAACUCUGUUUUCAAUUCUUGGAUUUAAUGGCAAAAGAAGUUAUUAUACCAUUCUCCGUAGCUUCUGUCGUUGAAGAUGUACUUAAGCAAAAUGGAACACGUGUUAGAAACAUCGAUAUGGUUUCAAGAAAAGCAGAAGAAUCAGCAUUGAGGAGAUAUGAAGCCGCAGCAUGGCUAAGAAAGACGGUCGGGUUCGUAUUAUCGAAAGAUUUACCAGAAGAACCAUCAGAAGAAGAAUUUAGACUUGGAUUAAGAAGUGGUAUCAUUCUUUGUAGUGCACUUAACAAAGUUGAUCCUGGAUCCGUUCCGAGGGUGGUCGAGAAACCAGCUAUUCCAGUACCUGAUGGAGGAUCUGCUCUAUCAGCGUAUCAGUACUUCGAGAAUGUACGGAAUUUCCUUGAUACUGUGCAAGAGAUUGGUAUUCCAGUGUUCGAACCAUCUGAUUUUGAACAGGGAGGAAAAUCUGGAAGGAUAGUGAAUUGUGUUUUAGCACUGAAAUCAUAUAGUGACUGGAAACAAAAUGGUGGGAAUAGUUUGUGGAAAUUUGCUGGGACUUCGAAAUCUAAUAAUACGCCGGGGAAAAUAGUCCGGAGAAAUUCAGAUCUUUUCAUGACUUCAUUAUCGAGGACUCAGUCCACGGAUGAAAAGUUAUUGGAAGAUGCUGAGAACUCAAAUGAUGAUCUUGCGGAUGAACCUGUAACUGAAAUGGUCACUAGUAAUUCUUUGAACGCCCUUGUUCGUGCUGCUUUGUGCGAUAAGAGGCCUGAAGAAGUUCCAAUGCUUGUAGAAUCCAUGCUAAGUAAGGUUAUGGAGGAGUUUGAGCGUCGCCUUAAAAGCCACAAUGCAGCGAUGGAAACAACUCUAGAUGGUUCAGUUGUACCUGAUGGUGACAAAUCGCUCCCUGAAACAACUUCUGGUGAAUUGGAGAUGAAAACACCCCCAGAGGAUGCAGCAGCAGUCGAUGACAACAACUCCGUUGUUGAGACCAUUCAUGUUGAAAACACUGACAUAGAGAAAGAUGCUGAAGAAAAUACUUCAGAGAUUGUCGAUCAAAAAAUUGCUACAGAAGCGGAAGAAGGCGACAAAGAAAGUGCCAGUGAGAUAACACAAGGCGAACAAGUAUGUACCUUAGAGGAGAUAGCGGAAGAUGAACAUAUGAAGCAAAAGCUUAUUGAUGAAGAAGAAGUAAAGCGUAGGGUGUACGAAGAAAUCAAGGAAAAGGUUAUCGCUGAAGAGAGGGAAAAGAUUAGGAAAGAGGAGGAGUUGAGGCUUAAAAAUAAAACCAGUGAACUUUUAAAGCAACAACAACUCCUCGAUCAACAAAAGCGAAAUGUUCAGGAACUAAAACAUGCACUUCAUAAUACAAAGGAGGGUAUGCAGCACAUUCAAAUAAAAUUCCGUGAAGAGUUCAAUGAUUUCGGUAAGCACUUGAAUGUUUUAACGCAUGCUGCUUCCCGAUACCAUAGAGUUUUGGAGGAGAACCGUAAGUUAUACAAUCAAGUACAAGAUCUUAAAGGAAGCAUAAGGGUUUACUGCCGAGUGAGACCCUUUUUACCUGGACAAGCAGGCCGAUCAAGUAUUGUCGAUCACAUAGAUGAGGGAAGCAUUGAAAUUAUCACCCUUUCUAAGAACGGCAAAGAAGCACGCAAAUCGUUCAUAUUCAACAAAGUUUUUGGUCCAUCGGCAACUCAAGAGGAGGUCUUUUUGGAUACUCAGCCACUGAUCCGAUCCGUUCUAGAUGGGUUUAACGUUUGCAUAUUUGCUUAUGGCCAAACCGGAUCAGGGAAAACUCACACUAUGACAGGACCUAAUGAGCUUACAGAGGAGACCCAAGGUGUGAAUUUCAGGGCGUUGAAUGACUUAUUUUAUCUGUCAGAGGAAAGGAAGGAGACAUUCCGUUACGAAGUUUCUGUACAGAUGAUGGAGAUAUAUAAUGAGCAAGUUAGAGAUCUUCUAGUCUCCGAUGGACUUAACAAAAAAUUGGAAAUUCGAAACAGUUCUCAGGGGCUUAACGUGCCGGAUGCAAACCUCGUACCAGUUACAUCAACAUCCGAUGUUAUUGAGCUGAUGAAUGCUGGGCAAAGGAACCGUGCCGUUAGCUCAACUGCCCUCAAUGACCGAAGUAGUCGCUCUCACAGCUGUCUAACCGUUCAUGUUCAAGGAAAAGACUUGACAUCUGGAAACACUCUCCGCGGGUGUAUGCAUUUGGUAGACCUGGCAGGAAGCGAGAGAGUCAACAAAUCAGAAGUAACAGGAGAUAGACUCAAGGAAGCACUUCAUAUCAACAAAUCUCUUUCUGCUCUAGGAGAUGUUAUCGCUUCUCUUGCCCAAAAGAAUGCUCAUGUUCCUUAUAGGAAUAGCAAACUUACACAGCUCCUUCAAGAUUCUCUUGGUGGACAAGCCAAGACACUCAUGUUCGUGCACAUAAGCCCUGAUCCUGAUGCUGUUCUAGAAACACUAAGCACACUCAAGUUUGCUGAGCGGGUUGCUACUGUCGAGCUUGGUGCCGCCAAAUCUAACACAGAAAGUGGAGACGUCAAAGAGCUCAAAGAGCAGAUUUCUAGGCUCAAGGCUGCCUUGGCAAGAAAAGAUGGGGCAGAAUCAGGAGGGAACUUAACACGUUCAGUAUCCUCGAGUUCAAUAUCCUCCACCCCUGAAAUACCACUUGCAACAAAGAAUACCGGCGGGUCAUUAUCUUUACAUGGAUCUAAGCCUGAAACUCCUGUCUACACUCAUGGAUCCAAACCUGAAAUUCCUCUUUAUAUUCAUGGCUCCAGACCUGAACUAUCUGUCUCUGAAUUUGAAUACGUCCGAUCACCUACUAGCGGGUCAUUACCUUUAUAUUCUGAAAUUGUCAAAGGCGCUGCUGCUGCCCGUAAGCAAGCUGCAGACGAGAAAGAAUUAGCAUCUAAAGACUGGGUUGAUAAAGUGAUGGUGAACAAACUAGAAAUGGCAAAUGGAAAAGAAUCCCCAGCUCAAGGACAUUGGGAUGCUGUCAACAGUAAGUUGCCCGAACUCUUCUACCAAAAAUCUAAUACGAAAAACCAUCCAGAACAAAAAUGUAAUGGAGUUGCUGGAACACGGUCUGAGAUGGGUACACCCGAUGAUUCAGAUAUAGACGCCGUAACUAGUGACUCUACCUCAGAACCAGAUUUGCUAUAUCAACAACAUAUCCCUAGAGUUUCCAGUGUACCAACUAGCCUUGGUUCCAAGUUGAGGAAACCUAGCCAAAUUCCUGGAAGGAUCCCAGAUCAUAGUCCAGUAAAUAAGAGUUCUUCAAUUCCAUCACUUGCGGCAUCACCGUCUCGUAAGAUGUCAAAUGGAGUCGGCCCACCUCUUCACAAGAACGGGCGACAGCCAGUCUCUACGGCAGGGAAGAAGAAAAGUAGUGGGUAUGGCAAGUAAAUACAUACUGGUUUAAAGAUGAUAAAAUAAGUCAUUUCCAGGUUUCAUUGUGGAUUUAGUAGAGAGAUAGGAGAGGAGGUUUUUUGUCUUCUAAACGAUUAACACAGCAAUACUCCAGUUGCUUGUACUAGUGUGGUGGUACGGUAUCUCCCGAAGAGAUAAGCUGGCCAAUCUUUUUGGUUUGAUUUGUGCAUAUGAUUAGAGGAGCUCGAAUUUUCUUUUUGUUGUUUAUUUUGUCAAUAUCGAACUUGUUGCAUAUGCAGAGAAGAGGAGAAGAAGAAACAGAAAUACUAAAACAGUUGAAAGGAGGAGGAGCGCAUAAAAAGAAAAAUUCUGCAGCUCUAUUGUAUGUCUGUCUGUGAUGUUGUUGUCUUUUUGUAGUUGUGCAUGUGCAUCUUUUUUCUUUUGCAACCGCAAUUUGAACUCAUGGCUUCAACAUGAUGUAAAGCUCAAGUUGGCUGAGUUGCUUACAGGUUUUAAGUUCGAAUUAUUAUUAUUUUGAGUGUAAACUGUAUUCAUACUGUGAACAUAAUCAAAUACCCAUUGUUUUCAAACAA